AUGGCAGUUCCAAAAAAACGUACUUCUAUGUCAAAAAAGCGUAUUCAUAAAAAUUUUUGGAAAAGGAAGGGAUGGUGGGCCGCGUUAAAGGCUUUUGCGUUAGCGAAAUCUCUUUCUACCGGGAAUUCUAAAAGUUUUUUUGUGCGCCAACUAAAUAAUCAAACGUUAGAAUAA